AUGGCAGCAGCACAUUUUAUAAAAUCAUUACUUCAUCCAACAGAAAUUUCGGCAUUGAUACAAUACAAAUUUCUUAGAUCAAGUAAUAUAUCAAAAGAAAUUCCAUUUUGGAGUGAAAAGAAAAUCCGAUGUUAUCAAUUUUUAGAAAAGACUUCAGGAUCCUUUGCUUUAAUUAUUAUGGAAUUAGAAAGAGAAUAUAGAGAUUUGGUUUGUAUGUUUUAUCUUGUUUUAAGAGGUAUGGAUACUAUUGAAGAUGAUAUGACAAUGCCUAUAGAUAAAAAGAUACCAUUAUUAAGAACCUUUCAUGAAAAGGUUAGCCAAAAAGGUUGGACUUUUACCGAAAACGGACAAAAUGAAAAGGAUCGGCAAUUAUUAGUAGAAUUUGAUGUCGUAAUCGAUGAAUUCCUACUUCUUACAAAAGAGUGUCAAAAUAUUAUCAUUGAUAUUACAAAGGAGAUGGGAAAUGGAAUGGCAGAUUAUAUUGAAAAAACUGCUUACAACAAGUAUAAUAUAUUAACUAUUAAAGAAUUUGAUGAUUAUUGUUAUUAUGUUGCUGGAUUAGUUGGAAUUGGUUUAAAUGAUUUAUUUAUUGCAACAGGAGCUAAAGUUCCUUAUACAUCAAAAAAUUACAAAACUAUAACGUCCAUGGGAAUAUUUCUACAAAAAAUAAACAUAUUACGAGAUUUAACAGAAGAUUUGAUGGAGAAACGAAGAUAUUGGCCAAAGCAAAUUUGGUCUAAAUAUGUCGAAGAAAUUGAAGAAUUGAUUUUACCCAAAAAUAAAAUGGUUUCGAUUUAUUGUCUUUCAGAAAUGAUAUUCAACACUUUAUUACAUGUUAUAGAUUGUUUAAAUUACUUAAUUAAAGUAAAUGGUGAAGAUAUGUUAAUAUUCGGAUUUGCUGCCAAACCUUUAAUUGUGGCUUAUGCUACUUUAGCUUUAGCCUUUAAAAAUCACGCGGUUUUUGCCGUUGAAAAUUCAAUAAAAAUUAGAAAAGGAGAAAUUGCAAAGUUGGUCAUUCAAUGUACUGAUAUGCACGAAGUUGCAAGACUUUUUGAAGAAUAUACUAUAGUUAUCAUGAAAAAGAAUAACGAUCCAUUAGAUCCAAACUUUACGAACAUUAAUAUUGUCGGUGAUCAGAUUUUACAAUGGUGUAAAACAAACAUUCCGAAUAAACCUAAUAACAAAAAUUCGUUUAACAACAAAUCUACUUUCAUCAUUAUUGGAUUUUUAAUCGUAUUUAUAUCUUUAUAUUUUAAUAGGAAAACUAACUUGGAUAUGUGGGGUUAA